GUGCAUCGCCAUCAAUUUAGUAUCAUAUUUUUUAGACGUGUCCAUAUGUGUACAACGUUCGUACUGUCGUUCAACUGUAACAGGGGAAUGCUCGACUGUAGUUGAUUGGUUCUUACAUUCUGAUUUGGAUUAAACCCUUAGUGGAAACUAGGCCAGAUAUACAAUAUAUUUCUCUCGCAGUUAUAGAUUUUAUUGAAACUAUUAUCUUGUAUACAAAAGUUGGCACUCAAAUCGGCACAUGUCGCAAUUCUUAUUAAGGGAUUAAAGGAUUUUUACGAUAAACCAAGUCCCCUUCUUCAUUCACGCGAGUGAUAGCAUUAACAGCAGAAAUUGUAUGAUAAAAGCUGAGAAAUUCUUCAGAGUGAGACAAUUUGAGGCUCUAAGCGAGUUUCAAUGACAGCGUCUGUACAUUUGUAAUCUAACAGCGUUGUGUUUACAUUGAAAUUUUAGGUUAUGUUUGUACCUGACACGGUACUUUCUCAUAUUAUGUUACGUUGAAAUCAAGAAAAUCGAAAAUAAUGUGAUGAUGUAGGUGAAACAUAUGGACGCUUUAUGUGUCUGGAUGAUUGACGUAUUAUUCGGUAAUCCUCGAUACGUGAUGAUUUGCUAACAACUUCUCUCAAUUUCGAGGCUGAUAAUAAGGCAAAGCAUCCCCACACGUGUACUUUCACUGGAUGUUUUACUGUACGUUGAACAAUGGGAUCGUGACGAGUCGACCACACAUACCUUCUGGGAACCCAGGCCCAAAAGGAUGAUUGAAUUUUUUUUUAUUUCGGGAAUAUGACACGCUCACAUGUAAAAUACCAAAUUGCUAGAGAUGAUGUCGAUACAUCCGAGUACUUACCACAAAAUAUUCCAGAUUUUCAAAAUGUGUCGAAGACAGAACCCACGUUUUGGAAGAAAGCGUUCCACAUAUUUUUAUUGAUAUCUGCUUACUUUAUUUUAUCAAUAGGCCUUACAUUUUAUAAUCCAUGGCUUUAUAAUGCAUAUGGUUUUAAUUUUCCACUUGGUGUGGUCGUUUGCCAUUUAGUUAUAAAGUUUGCACUAUCCGCAUUAAUAAGAGCCAUUAGAAGAUGUUACAAUAGUAAACGAAUAAAUCUUCCAUGGCAAAAUAUAAUUUAUUCAUUAAUGGUACCUGGCAUAGCUAGUGGUGUCGAUAUUGGUUUAUCAAAUUGGGCACUUUCAUUAAUAUCGAUAUCUUUAGUCACUAUGACUAAGUCAACUACUAUUAUAUUUAUUCUUGGAUUUUCUCUUUUAUUCAAAUUAGAGAAAAAGUCAUGGUCUUUAGUAGGGAUAGUGGCAAUGAUAGCAGGAGGAUUAGCGAUGUUCACUUAUAAAUCUACUCAAUUUGGCAUUCUUGGAUUUAUAUUGUGUCUCUUAGCAUCAUUUGCGAGUGGUAUUCGAUGGACUAUGACGCAACUAAUUAUGCAAAGAUCGAAACUCGGCCUCCAUGAUCCGAUAGACAUGAUGUAUUAUAUGCAGCCUUGGAUGCUAUUACCAGCAAUAUCAGUGACUUUAUGGUUUGAAGGUGGCAAAAUAUACGAUAGUAUUAGAAUCACCGAUUGGGGCAACAUCAAUAAUAUUUUAUUGACUACAGCUGCUGUAGUAACAGGUGCCAUUUUAGCAUUUAGUAUGGAAGUGAUGGAAUUCUUAGUUGUUACUUAUACUUCUAGUCUGACAUUGUCAAUCUCGGGAAUAUGUAAGGAAAUAUGUACAUUGGCACUGGCCUUUGUAUUGAAAGGUGACCAACUGACUGGCCUUAACUUUGUAGGAUUGUUAAUGUGCCUUGGUGGUAUAAUACUUCAUGUUGUUCAGAAAGUAUUAUUUAACAGAAAGAAAGCAGUUGAUAAUAUGGAAUUGCAAUCGAAAAUGGCAAGCAACAAUGCUAAACGCGAAGAGGAAACCGAUUCGAACGUGCCAUUAUUGACGGAAAAAUCGACUUCUUUAAUUAAUCUUCUCAAUGCUGAAUUUAGCUCUGAUGAAGAUGUGAGAGAAAGUGAUAACUCGACCCAAAUAUUGUCAGAUAUUUUGCAACGCAGAGAACAGUGAUAUAUCAUAAAUUUUUAGAUCUGAUAAGGAAUUAUUUUUUAUUAAGACGAACAUUCAAGUAUAUUUAUGACUUACAGCAUUUCAGAUUUUUCCAGUGUAAAUUUUGCAGUCAAUAAUGAAGUUGUGGCUAUCAUAAAGAAUGACCCCCAAAAACAUACGUUUUUGGCCUAUGUAUUUUGUGGCCCUUGAAUUUCAAAUUAAACAGUAUGUUAAAUGAUGUUAUAUGAAGGAACAUUAAUUUAAAAAAAAAAGUUAGAAAAUUUGUACGUACGCUGCAUGCGAUACUGAUGUAGUGAUAUAUUAAUGAUAUGUAAAUCGUAUAUGUGUAAAUCUUGUUGAGUCGAUAAAACAGACGAAUUCAGGAUCUCUUUAAAAUAUUAAACAACGGGACUGGGAGAGGUAAGAAACUAUUUUAUUUCUAGUCAAAAUUCUACUGUUAUCAAGGAAAUAUUAAUUAUCUUUUUGUGUCUAUAUUACUUG